AUGUCAAAAAACUUUUCAUUGUAUAUUGUAUCAUGGGUUUUAAUAAUUCAAUUAUCAGUUGGGGUUAACUGUCAAAUGCUUCAACGAUCACUUCAUACCACAACACUUGUUGAUAAUAAAUUAUAUAUUAUAGGCGGAGUACAUGAUUUAAAUGGAGGAGUUAUUGGAAACCAAUUUCUUUACCUUGAUGUGUCCGUUCCGUUUAAUACUGAUAAAUUGUCUUGGAAUGACAUAACAAGCACCAAUAUUGUCCCGGCACAUUCUGCUGCAGCAUCUGGCACAAGUAAUGGUGCAUUAAUUUUAUAUGGAGGAAACGUAUUUGCUGAAAAAACUAAGAUGGAUUUGAUAUAUAUGUUUAAUGCGUUAAAUAAUACAUGGAUGAAUGUUCCAAAAUUAAACGAUGAAAAACUUAGAAAGAGUGAUCUUAAAGGCAUCAGUGUAAAUGAUAGAAUUUACUUAUUUGGAGGAAUGUAUAAUAAAACUCUGACCAACAGUAUGGUCAUUUUUGAUCCGGUCAACCUUGGUUUCACAACAGGAAUUUUGAUCAAUGCGCCAGCUCCAAGAAUGCGUCAUGGAGCAACCUUGUUACCAAAUCGUCAAAUUGCUUAUUUUGGUGGCAUGGAUGAUUUUGGAGUGAAAUUCCCACUAAAUGAGAUCCACUUUUAUGAUACAAUGAGUGACUCUUGGUCUAAAAAGGAUGCUACGGGUAGAGUCCCUUCUGGAAGAGACGCCUUUUCAUCCGUACUUGGGUUGGAUGGAAAACGAUUAAUAAUUUUUGGAGGAUUUCAAAUGGCCCCCGCAGAUGCGCUUCACGUGUUAGAUUUAACGAACAUGCUAUGGACGGUUCCAAACAUUACUGGAAAACUUCCAAUGUCUCGAUACCAUCAUCAAGCAAAUGUGGUUGGAAGAUUCAUGGUUAUAUCAUUUGGAAAAGAUUAUGAUCAAACGAUUGAUAAUGAUGUGUUAUUACUUGAUAUUAGUAACAAUGAUAAUUAUGUGUGGACAAACUCUUUUGAUACGCAAUUACCCAAUCCAUUAUCACUUAAGGGCAAACCAUCAUCCACGACUAACAAAUCAAUUCUAAUUAGUGCAUCUGUUGUAUCUAUUAUAAUAUUUGGAUUUUUAGUAUUAACUGGAGUAUUUUUAUAUAAAUCGCAUAAAAAGAAACAGAAUCGCGCGAAAAUAUUACGAGUUCCUGGUUUAGAUACAAGCAAUAAAAAAGAAGAAAUAUUAGAAAUACCUGGAAAUGUAUUAAAUAAUAGAGAUUUCAUGUUUCAUGUCAUGUAA